GCAGGUGGUGGAAGUACGGUACGAUCAGUAGUGCCGUUAUGUCGAAUUCCACUGCUUCAAUGUCCAGUGUCAGUCACUGGUACGUUGAUGGAUCCCCGCGCGGCUACCGUAAGACAUCCCAUCCGAGUUGCCUAUUCGAUACGAAGUCAUUCGAAAGAAACGAUCGAAUUAACUGCAUCGUUUGACUUGGCUGAUGUGUUUAUGUUCUGCGGUGAAAAGCGGGUUAGUUCUACUUGA